CUUCACUACGUUCCGAAGUGACCCAUCACUAAACAUCAUGAAAGCCUUCGUAGCGUGCAUAGCCCUCGCGUUGGUGGCGUGUGCCAGCGCCGAAGCCCCCUCGGGCUACAACUACAACCGUCCCUCCGGCGGCGGCGGCGGCGGCAGCUUCCACGGCGGUAUCAGCGGUGGCAGCGGCGGCUACCAGGCUGUCUCCACCGGCUACCAGACCUCCGAGGGACAGAAUGUCGACCCUCAGCUCCUUGAGCAGAUCCGCUCCAUCCUCCUGAAGGAAGAAGCCUCAUCUGGCUCUGGCGGUCACGGUGGACACGGUGGACACGGAGCUCCCUCCUCCUCCUACGGUGUGCCUUCAUCUUCCUACGGUGUGCCCUCAUCUUCCUACGGUGUCCCGUCUGCCCGCGUCGUCGGAGUCGUGCUUGAGGGAGUCCGCCAGGGAAUCCAGGUCGCUCAAUACGAACAGCAGUCAUACAGCUCCCACUCCAGCGGUGGUGGCUACCCCGCGGCCGUCCCCUCCGGCAGCUACGGCGCUCCUUACUAAAUUAACUAAAUUAUCCGAACUUGUCAAGUACAUUUAGACGACCAACAACAUCAAAGAUUACACAAAGAAGAGUCUAGAUGCCUAAGUCACGUAAAGUUCGGAUGGUCGACGUUAUUCGGGCGCGCUCGCAACAUCCCCGAGUCGCUCGAAUGUGUUUUGGAAUCGACCGGCCUUCACGUACAAUGUAGGUGAUGUCGGUCUGGCCGACCAACGCCUUGGCCAACGCUUGCGACUGUGCACGCACACGGGUGAACAUGUCCCAGCGGCUAACCAGUCACUAGCAGCCGACUGUGGCAGCUGUCAAAUAUGUCGCAGUGGCAUAGGCAGCUGACAGGUCUCCUGCGGAAGGUGAAGUGGCUAGCCGCUGGGCUCGGAUCACAUCUUGUAUAAAGUUUAUCGUAAGGUUAGCUUAUUUUAUUAUUAAGUUUAUGUUUUUUAU